AUGAUGUUAUCCAAAGGAAAUCAAAGUACCAUACCUACUUUUGUUCUCUUGGGUUUUUCAGAAUAUCCAGAUCUCCAGAUUCCACUCUUCUUGGUUUUCUUGUCUAUCUACACAGUCACUGCAGUGGGGAAUUUAGGCAUGAUAAUAAUCAUCAAGAUCAAUCCCAAACUCCAUUCGAUCAUGUACUUUUUUCUUACUUACUUGUCUUUUGUAGACUUCUGUUUUUCCACCACAGUUACGCCUAGACUGUUGGAGAACUUAAUUGUGGAAGACCGAACCAUCUCUUUCUCUGAUUGCAUUCUACAAUUUUGUUUUGCUUGCAUGUUUGGAGUAACAGAAACUUUCAUGUUAGCAGCGAUGGCCUAUGACCGUUUUGUGGCAGUUUGUAACCCCUUGCUCUAUACCACUACUAUGUCUCAGAAGCUUUGUGCGCUGCUGGUGGCUGGGUCUUACUCGUGGGGCAUAGUGUGUUCCCUGACACUCACAUGGUUUCUUCUUGCAUUAUCCUAUUGUGAGUCUAGCAUCAUAAAUAAUUUUAUAUGUGACCACUCUGUAAUUGUUUCUGUCUCCUGCUCAGACCCCUAUAUCAGCCAGAUGCUGUGUUUUAUUAUUGCCAUAUUCAACGAGGUGAGCAGCCUGAUGAUUAUUCUGACAUCCUAUAUACUCAUUUUUAUCACUAUUAUGAGUAUGCCUUCUGCAAGUGGGCGCCAGAAAACCUUCUCCACCUGUGCCUCCCACCUGACAGCCAUCACCAUCUUCCAUGGAACUAUUCUUUUCCUUUACUGUAUCGCUAAUCCUCAAACUUCUUGGCUCAUGGUUAAAGUGGCCUCUGUGUUUUACACAGUGGUGAUUCCCAUGCUGAAUCCUCUGAUCUACAGCCUUAGGAACAAAGAUGUGAAAGACACAUUCAGAAAAUUAGUUGUCACAAAAUUGCUUUUUCACUCACUUUAA